GACUAUAUAUGCAAGCCUUCCGGCUCGGCAAAUAGCAUCCAGCACGCAGCGACAAUUCUCAUCUCGGAGGCGAGCAAGAAGCAAGCACCAAGGCAACCAGAGCGGAGGAAACAGGCACAGACAGAGUGACAUGGACAUGGAGAUGACAUCUUCCUCGGCGCCGGCAGCGUCCUACUUCAACUUCUCCGUGGCGCAGGCCGUGGUGACCAUCUCCAUCAACGUCGUCCUCGUCUGGCUCUCCGCCCUCGUCAAGUCCUCCACCUCCUCCUCCUCCUCCGCCAGCCGCCGCUCGGCCGCCCCCGCGCCGGAGCCGGAGCCAGCGCAGCCUGCGCCGGCGAGUGGCGCCUCGGAGGUCGACCUGGACGUGGUUCUCGGGGUGAUGGGCGCGGGCGGCGCCGCCUCGGUCGGGUUCGAGGACGCGGCGGCGCUGUUCGAGGAGGAGGAGGCCACCGUGGAGGAGGCCGCGGCGGCGUUCCGCGUCUUCGACCGCAACGGCGACGGGUUCGUCGACGCCGGAGAGCUCCGGAGCGUGCUGAGGUCGCUCGGGUUCACCGCCGGCGUCGCGGCCGCCGAAUGCCAGCGCAUGAUCGACGCCUAUGACGAGAACAAGGACGGCCGGAUGGACUUCCAGGAGUUCCUCACCUUCAUGGAGAGGAGCAGCUCGUGAAGUGGCCGCCGGCGUCCGAUCACCGAUGAUUUGCUCAAUUCGUUUGUUUGUUCGUUCGUUCUGCUUACUUGUCCUUUUUCCGGCCCGAAUGGAGCCGAAUGGUGCACCGUGCACACAAUCUCGUGUGUAUUUUAAUCCGAUUCUUUAUACAAUACAUAUGCUUUUGAUGGGAUUAUGUAUAUUAGCCAUGGAAUAAAUAUUUAGAAUAUUUUUAUCAAA